GGGCACACAGAAGUAAACAACACACACAUACGCACAUACUCAUACACCAUCAUACUCACUUCCACGGCAACUAUUCCUGACAAUCUUCUGACCAAACUUUUGGUGCUUCUUCCCGACCAACACCCGGCUCCAACAAAAGAACUUUGGAUUUUGGCGUCCGAUCUUGGUCCUGCUAAUCAUUUUCACGAUCCUGUUGAAACCUAAUCUGAUCCUUCAAACCAUUGACAGCUACCAACCCAGCUCUAUCUAGACGCAGACGUUGGAAGCGUUGCUGAUUGAUGGUUCCUCAAGACAUAUGUUAUCGUACCCCGCCAAAUCACAGACGACGAUGGAGAACGAUGCACCCACCGAAGGCGCCCGACGAAGGGAUCGUUUCAUGGGGAAGUUAUUUGGUGGUAGCGGAACUAGAGACAGAAAAAUGACCAACGAAGAGAGUGCAAACGAGAUCUCCGACUUCCUUGGUCACUCGGACCGUUUGAUGGUUAAUCAUCCUCUUCCUCCACCCCCAGCUACCGCCCCGAGGGGCCCACCCGCUCUCGCUCUCGAUACCUCUAAGGCUAGCCGAUUCCCGCAGACCCUCGAAGUCGAAAGCAAAUCCCAGAGUCUCGCCCAACGGGCACGGUCACAUAGCCCACGGCCAAGGAAACACAAGAAUCUCGUUGUUCGUUUCGCCGAUACGUACCCUGAGAUUAUUGGAGAAGGUGGUGAUGAGUGCGAGACUAUAGUGGCGGAGAUCGGCAGGAGAAAGAGAUCUAAAUCUGUACCAUUUUCAGCACCUAUCCCGCCUACAAAAGAGGGCCAUCAAUAUGCUAGACAAGUGGGAGCCUUCCAAGAAGUGCAACAAAAGGAUGAUGGAGGGUUUGUACCUGGUCCCAUACGCAGGACGCAGACAGGUUUCAGCACAAUCUCAGAUUUCCGAACAGACGAGCCACCUCCCUAUUCGUCCCCCUCCCCCCCAAAGCCUCGUGCUGUUCCGGCAGGUGAAUCUGCUCGGUCUUCUAACUUCCUAGAUAUGCCCGCUAGUCGCAAAGAUGACAACCGUCGUUCUUUCAUCGAGCUCCAUCAACAGGAGCAGCGGCAGGCCGAGGGAAUGGCAAUGAGGACUGCCAGCGCCAAUUCAAACCACGAUUGGGAUGACCCAACAUCGUCUCCCGAACCAAUCCGAGAAAAAAGUAUACGCCACAAACAGCCAACGCUACCAACUAUGCAGGAACCGACGCCCCCUCCGGAAAGAUCCAUGUCUACCAGAUCGGGGGCUCCGUCCUUGCAAGAAUCCGUCUCUUCGGUAUUGCGAACUCAGUCGACUAGAGCUCCACUGAAGCCUUCGCCAAUACAACAAAUUCCGACGAAAAGUCCUUCUCUUCGAGCGCCAAAUCCCCCUUCUUAUCAAGAUGUACCACAAAACCAAUCCUACGGAUCUUCUAAUAGAUCACCUCUACCUCCUUUACCAUCUGAGGACGCAUUACCAGAUUUCGAUAUGGUACCCGCCAUGGCACAGCGACCAGUGUCACCUGAUGAAAUGCCUAUAAAUAUGAAUAAUCCCGGCGAGAGCCCCUCGUCUCAAUAUUCGAAUUCUAUCCAUUCUACUUCCCCUGUCUCCCACAAGGCCACGCCAGUUACCCAAACAGCUGGUUCACGCGGAUUCAUCCCGCCUUCGCCAGAGAAGACUAACCGGAGCCUCCACGAUACUGUAGUGUCAGCCUCGACUGGCGAUGAUGCACUAGAGCUUUUCAUCGCCCGCACGAAGCACUUGUAUGAAUUAUUUCGUCUCCAUGCGGAGCAAUUUAGACCCUUAGGGACUGCUCGACCCGAGGAUAUGUGCCGAGCGGCGCUGUGGUGGUUUUUGAAGGGGAGAACAUCGUUGGAGACGAUUAUUAGAAGUCGUCCAGCGAAUCCAAAUGAAACUCGACUACUCAUAGCUCGGUACCAAGCUUACACCGAUUUAGCAAAGGGAUAUUGGCUAAUGGAACACGCACUUCCAGAGGUAGCAGAAGGCAAAUACAGCCCUGUAGAUGGCGAGUUGGGUGAUGUUAGGCAAGCAUUGAUAUCUAACUUGAGAAAGCUUUCUGGGUCUAUGAAGCGUAAUGGUUUCUUACCGCCCGAAGAACCUUUCCUCCCCCAGACGAUGGACAAGUUUAUCUUUUUAGAGUACCCAUCAGUAAGCCAAGAUAUCAUCGCCCUUCUCAACGGGAUAUGGGGCUCUGCUCUCGCAGCUGCCAAGCAGCCAACCCGAUCCAUGGAAGCGCUAGAGGCUUUGCCUCUUGGCGACACGACCAAGCAUUUUAACUACGGCCGAGUGGUAGCCGAUGUAUUCUUUAUGGAACAGGGCGUGGAAUCGAGACAAACUCGUUUUCCCUGCAUGCUGUCUAUUGUGCGAGCACAGACAGAUCCGAACCUGAAUUUCAUCAUCGCAAGCCAAAAUGGCUCCGUCUCGUUACGAAUCCAAUCAGACAAGAAUGCAGGACCGACAUGGCAGGAUGUUCGGUGGAGGUCGGAAGCUUGCCGGCUUGAAAUUAAGCUGCCUCGAGGUUUUAUGCUCGCGGUUGAGUGCUCGCAGCAAGAUUUCAAGAUGCUAUGGAGCAUGUACGAUUUCAGUUCCAAAGUCCAAUCCUACCUAUAUCCACGACGAGACGAAACUGUCAAACAUACCACGUCGCUUCGUGGUUUCCAUUAUUUCGACUCGAAUCCACAAGGGCGGACGUUCCCCAAGGAACCCGUAGGUCAAUGUGAAAUAGGCUUGUUCGAGAAGCUCCUAAAGGAAAGUAGCCCAACCGGGCCCAGGACGUUCCACCGAGGCUUCCGUGUUGCUAUCGUUACUGGACCCAGGAUACGGACGCUCAGCGGAGUAACGCACUCCUUCUCGCCACAGCUUCCGGUCCAAUUCGCUCUGCUCCGUGGCGACCAACGCGCUCCUGUUCUCCAAUUGGACUUUCAAGAUGGGAAUUACAAGGGAAGAAUGGUUAUGACAUUUAACGAUGAUAAGGAGCGCGAGAUGCUGCUGAAGAUGAUUACUGGGACCUAUAUUCACAAAGAUGAGGAGAUCGUGGCAGAAGUUCCGUUAGAGGGUAUGAAUAUGUCGGAGCCAGCCGGUGAUACGAAAGGAGGCUUCCCAGCCAUCCAACGGCUACCAUGGCAGCGUGCGCGUGUCAUCAACGACAAAUACGCGGAAAUUCCCUCCACGGUAUUGGCAGAGAAGCUCAGGGUUGAGAUCGAGUCGCUGGACAAGGGCGGAGUCGGCGUGAUUAGUACCAUUACGGACCGAGUCAAUGUUGGUCCUGGCGAGUUGAAAUUUAGGCUUGGUACGAAGGACAUCUUGACGUUGCAUGUUCUGAGACAACCACAAGUGGAUAUGACCGUUUCCAUACUGGAAACGCAUGUACCUCGAGAAUCACAUCGUGAAUUCGCAGGUUUGCAGAAUACUAUCCAACGCGGCCAAACAGUCCGCACCUACCGAUUCCCGAGUUUCAGGGACCUUCACUCGUUCCAAGCUGGGCUUACGGGUUAUUCUGUAUUAUUUGAUGGCAUCGCUAUAAACCUAAAUAUCUCGCGACGCAUGAUGGUAGUGCCCAUCCACAAGAAGUGGGAGGCUGGUACCACUCGCGUACAAGUGGUACAACAGGACAAGACUGUCCAAUUGUUAGCGUUCUUCGAGGAUUGGCAUCACGGGCAGUGCAUGGGGUUUGUGCUCAAGGGCACCGACACGUUCGAAUCUUUCAGCCGAAACGGGAAAGCGGGCUUGAAGUUGGCAGACGCCAAGUUUCCGCUACCGAAGGUGCCCCGCGAAGGCGGUGCGGACACGGAUGAUACGGCAUUCCUGUGCCUGGACAUGCCUGAUUUUGCCGGCGAACACGAUGACAUAACAAUAUUGUUCGAUGAUAACCUUGAGAGAGAUAGGCUUUGUUCGGUUCUACCCGCGCCAGUCAAAGGAUCGCGAUUAAGCAGGGGGAAAUGAAUAGGGGGCCACGACGAAAUGAGGACAUGAUUCAUGCAGACGGACUGCAUAUCGUUUUUUCACCUGAUGGACAUUGCGACGUACGGCAAUGCUAAACAUGUAUGACACGAUACCCCCAGUGGUUAUUUUCGCAAGAGAAGGGCGUCACAAGUCAAAGAGUGGUAGAGCUAAGGGCUUCUCAGGAAGCGCGAGCAAUAGCCAGCCAGCCGACGCGGUCUUGCAUCUGGACUUUUGUUGCGUUGUUUCAGCAAUUGGAACUCAACGUGCCUAGGAAGCUAGAUUCAAUGUUAGAAGCUCGAUGUAGUAGCUAAAAUUUAACGACGGAGUCAACCAAUUGUUGUUCUCGAGGCUUACCAAAAGUAGACUACGCGCGCAUCCACGUCUGACGUACGUCAUCGGUUCCGACA